GGGAGCGGGAGCCCGGCGCGGGCCGGGGGGUCGCAGCCCUCCCGGCCAUGAGCUGCCUGGCGGAUUCUUCCUUCGUGUUAGGGAAGCAAAAGAAGAGCAAGAAGAGGCUGCUGGAGGAGAAGAAGUGGCAGAGCCUGGAGGAGCCGGGCAACGUGGACACCCAGCAGAGGAGACACCUCGCACUCGCCAGGUCCAAAACCUACGACCCCUCCUUCUGCAAGGAGAGCGAGAAGGGCGCCGCGGCGGGCAGGCAGGGAGGCUCAUCCUCGUCCCUGAGCAAACGCGCCGCCAGCUUCCGCAAGGUCUUCCAGGAGAUCGCCGAUAAGGAGGCGCUGCUGGACUGUUUCUCCUGCGCCUGGCAGAAGGAAGUGCCCUACCAUGGCCACCUCUACAUCUCCUCCAGCUACGUCUGCUUCCACUCCAGUCUCCUGCUCAAAGACAUCAAGCCCCUCACGCUGUUUGGGCUCCUCUUGGCGCAGGCAGUGGUCCCCGUCCCUUCCAUCACCGCCCUCAAGAAGACUAACACGGUGCUCCUGGUGCCCAACGCACUCAGCAUCCGCACAGCUGAGGGAGAGAAGUUCCUGUUCGUGUCGCUGCGCCGGCGGGAGGCCACGUACCAGCUCCUCAAGUCGGUUUGCAGACACCUGCAGGACAACGGCCUCAACGGCGACCCGUUGGCCUCUCCGCUUGACGGCAGCACCGAGCAAACCCUUAGGAAGACUCUGACUUCGAGCCAGUGCGACCCGGAGCGCAGCAGCCUGGAGCUCAGCAGCGUCCUGGAGCAGCCCGAUGGACUGAGGCUAAAGCCGAGGCGGGCUGAGGAGGACGAAGACGCGCCCGCUCUGGGCAGAGGGGGACCGCGCGCUGCUCUACAGCCCCAGACAACCGCGAAGGCCGGGCUCGCCCAGACGAGGCCCCUCCGCGCCGUCAUCGUCAUCUACCUGCUGCUCAUGGUGGCCCUGCUGCUGUCCUCGGGGUACAUCGGCCUGCGCAUCGUGGAGCUGGAGCGGCAGCUGAUGGCCAUGGCGGCUCGGCCAGACCUCAGCGCGCAGCACCCGUACAAGAAGACAUGAGGCCAGCAGGGACCCUGCUGUCACUUGGGCACCAGCAAAGAGGCCGGGCGCUCGAGGACCGCUCCGAGCCCUUCCGCUGCCCCUCGGGGACCGGCCGACGGGGGCCAAGCAGGAGCAAAACCACCGAGUCGCCUUCCAGCCCCGGGACUCUGCGCCCGGCUGUGCCUCGGCUCCCUGGCCUCCCUCCACCUCCGCCGCCCUGGGGCUCCCCCGGCGGGAGCAGGACACGCCGGCGCAGCUCCGUGCCGCGGCCCGCGCCGUGCCAGCAGCGGCAGCUUCCAGGCGUCGGACCGUGGUGGUCUCCAGCGCACCCUCACUGCAGCUGGCCAGCAGCCUCCAGUGGGGGGGGAACAUAUGGGCCCAGGAGGCCGUUAGCACCGUGGGGCCCGUUGCAGGGCAGAGACAAAGGGGCCAAACUAUUUUUUUAAUAAAAAAGACCUGAAUGGGGGCAUUCAGCCGUGCCUGGCCCCUGGGCGCUCU